CCCCCCCCGCUUCGCUCUCUCACCUGUCCAUAACCUGUGUCCUCCUGUGGUGGAGCGUGUAUGUUCUAGUGCGCGCGCGCGCGUGUCUGUCUGUCUGUCUGUGUGUAUGUGCAUGUAUGUGUUUGGUUCGUUGUCCGCCAGAGGGAGUGCAGGUUAUAUUGCUGGUGUAUGCAUUUUGGCGCUAUGCCACCUUUUAAUUAGUAGUAGGUGAUUGUGAUUUCUGGUGCUUAUGCAUUAGUUCAUUUUUUAUGUUUGUGCAUGUAGACGAAUAGGAUAGACAUUGUGGGGAUACUUAUUUAAGAUGCCCAGCAUUGCUUCUGCACCACGUCCCCUUCCUGGUACAUGCCAUCGUAUCAUUUGGCCACCUGUUUGACCUGAACACCCCAAGAGACUGAAACUCCAGCAGGAUGAGUGAGCGCUCAGGUGCAAGCACUUUAGCAGCCAUGACACUGGAGGAGCCUGGGGCCGAACAGGCAUCGCCCCGAGCCCCGGGCCCUCUCCGCUGUGGCCCCUGCGCUGUGUGGCCUCGCCAGCAGACCUGGCUGUGUGUUGUGCCCUUGGUAAUGGGCUUUGUGGGACUGGGACUCAGUCUUAUGCUGUUGAAAUGGAUUGUGGUGGGAUCCGUCCAAGACUAUGUACCCACUGAUCUGGUGGAUCCCAAAGGUAGCAUCGGACAGGACCCUAUAUUUCUCUCCAAACCCAGUGCCAUGCCCAAGGGGCCUGACAUUUCCACCACCACCACUGCUUCAGGUGCCUCUGCCACAGCAAUGCUGUCUACUACCACACCACUAGCUGCGGAUGGUACCGCUGCAGCGCCAAGAACUCGAUCCGGGCCACCAGCAAACCACUCAGCCAAUGGCAGCGCUGCUAAUGGAGAUGGCAACCGUGCCCCACACCUUCACAACCGUGUCAGCACCCGCAUCAGUGGGACUGUAGUUACCACCUCCACAACCCACACCACCCGACUCACCCCACCACCCAGCGUUAAGGAGGUCACCCCUCGCAGCACUGUUACAAAAGGAAGCAGUACUGGUAAUGGACGUAAUGGAGCUGCCAACUCAAAGCCAGGACAGACUUCUGUCACCAUCACCACCACAACAGCUACUGUGAAAACCACUGCCAAGGCACAGCCGACCACCUCCCAGCCGGCUGCCCCGGUCAAGCCCACAUCACGCUGGAAUCACGGACGCCCAGGAAAGGGCCCGGUCACACGCCCGCACCAUCGAGUCCGAACACCAGUGGCCCCUACACUUCCUAGUCUACGUUCAGAGGUCUUCAAGCCAUGUGUGGAAGACAAAGAUCUGGCCUUUUGUCUAAAUGAGGGCGAGUGCUCCAUCAUUGAAACUGUGGCUGGGGUCCACAGACACUGCAGGUGUAAGGAAGGCUACCAUGGACUACGGUGUGACCAGUUUGUUCCCAAGACGGAUGCUAUCCUGUCUGACCCAACAGAUGAACUUGGGAUUGAGUUCAUGGAGAGUGGCAACACCUACCAGAGGCAGGUGCUGUCCAUCUUCAGCAUUGCCUCAGGGAUCUGUCUUCUUGGAGUGGCAUGUAUGGCUCUCUACCACCGCAACAAGAGACAGAGGGAAAAACUCCAGGCUCAUUUCUCUGAUAGCCGUAGCCUGAGGGACUGCAGCAUCAAUGCCUCCAGCCUCAUGUCCAGAUCUACUCCUAGGAUUCAGUACAGCCUUCAACUCCAAAAGAGCUGCAGUUCUCAUGGCUCAUCUGUUAAGGGCAGCAGUGUGGCAGCAGGCACAUCAUCGGUAGCCCCACCUAUUCUCAGCAGAGCACUAUCGAAGGGGAAACGCUUCAGGAGUAGUUCUCUUUCUCUCAGUCCUGCCCAACAGCGAAGACAGACUAAUUACUUCAGAACCCCACCCAUAUCAAGAGGGAAGCACAAAAUAUCUACAAAUUUUACUGAUGGAUCCAGAGCAGCUGGACAUGUCUACAAACACUUGCAGGAGGAUGAGUCAACAGAUAUGGAGUUCAUAAGGAGGUGUGAUUCUGCCAGCGGAAGGGUCAGCGCCCUCCUCAGCAGGACCGCUCUUUCUCACUUUGCAGCCCGAAAGGGAUGGACUGAGGUCCCUUGCACCCGCCUGGAUAAGGGAACAACCUUCCUAUCACCCUCCUUGCAUACCCGUUCUGUGCCCAUCAUUCCCUCGCUCCAAGCAUGUGAUCAUGACACGGAGCACGCAAACACAAGUGACCACAGUCAAGGGAGGCUCCUCAAGUGGCACACUGUGCUGGCUGGAAAGACAGGGCUGCCCAUUAGCAAUUCUCUCUCUCUCCCUUGUGAGAAUGCUGUGCUGGCACCUGGUGUUAAGCCCAGGGGUGUUAGUCCUCCUCCCACUACCACUGUUCCAAUGGGAUCAGAGAAGAAUAUUAGCUCCACACAAACACCCUGCUCCUUCGAAAUUACAGUGAAACUCGCGCAAGAAUUAAAACAAAAAAGCCUUUCCAGCUCUAUGAAAAUGUCUGGAUCUCAUCCCGAGAUCCACCACAGUGGCACAAACACUCUUGAGGCCGGGACUGUACAGGAGUCAGAAGGGAAAAUGAUCCAGUAUUCAGCCAGAGUUCUGCACACAGACAGUGGGUCCCCAGAUUUGAAGACAGCAGGCCAAAGAGAAACCCAAGGACAGUGCCAAGAUCAGACAUCCCUCGUGUAUAGAGGUGCAAACUGCUCCUUGGCCACCAAAGGCUCCAGCUGCAGAGGACCUGGGAAUGCUUAUGCCAAGCCCUCUGCAAGCUGAUUGGAUUAACUCUGUAAAGCUUCAAAGACACUGUUUCCAUAACUGCAUACCUUUGCUGGUGGCACAGGAUGGUGAGCAGUCGGGACCAUCUGUGUGGCCACACGGACCAAUAGCAGAUGGCCUUCGAUUUUGAAGGAACAGGAACAGAUUGAACUGCAGAGGACAAAAAUACUGACACAACAAAAGACAUCAAAUUAUAGAGGAAAAGAGACAAACAAAUGCAUAUUGUGAAUAAAUGUGACUCAAUAAGAAAAACAAAACCGUGACUUGAGUGGGAGCUUGACUUUAAACGGUGUGUUGAAAGAAAUGCCACUAUUUAAAAGGAGCUUCUACUUAGAAACCAAAAUAGUGUGUCAUCUCUAUGUUGUUUCUCUAUUGUAAAGAAUUGAAAUUAUAUAUGUCAUCUAAUAUAUGUCAUAUAGACGUAUAUAUAUUUGACAUACAAUUGUGACAAAAUAAAGACUAAG